UUUUUUUUCAAAAAAAAAAAAAAUAAGCCAACGGUUCAUCAAUCUACAAUGGGUGUCAAAAUUCCGUCCGCUAUCCAGAACUGGGGUUCCAAGAAGAACUCCUCCGAAGACUUGCAAUAUGAUGAGUCCAACUCCUUCGACGGUGAAGCCGCGGUCAUUGAGUUGGACCGCAACAAGAAGGAGAUCGGCUACUUCUCGGCCGCCUCUUUGAUCUGCAACCGUAUGCUUGGUGCUGGUAUUUUCUCCGUGUCCUCAACCAUCUACGCAUUGGCUGGUUCUGUGGGUACCGCCUUGCUCUUGUGGUUUGUCGGCUCUUUGAUUGCCAUGGCUGGUUUGUUUGUGUACAUGGAGUUUGGGGUUGCGAUCCCAAGAAACGGUGGGGAAAAGAACUACUUGGAGUACGUGUACAACAAGCCAAGGUUCUUGGCCACCGCGAUGUAUGCCACCUACGUAUUUUUCCUUGGUUGGGCCGCUGGUAACUCCAUCGUGGUCGGUGAGUACAUCUUGAACGCUGCUAACGUUGAGGUGACCCAGUGGAACUCUCGUGGGAUCGGUAUCGCCGUCAUCACCUUCUGUUUCCUCAUUAACGGUACCUCUAUCAAGGCCGGGUUGUGGUUGCAGAACGUCUUGGGUGUCUUCAAGGUUGGUAUCAUUCUCUUUAUCUCCGUUACCGGCUGGGUUGCCUUGGGCGGUGGGUUGAAGACCAACGACUUUAAGCCAACCGGCAACUUCACCAACGCUUUUGCCGGUGAAGCCCCUACCGGGUAUGGGGUUGUCAAUGCCUUGUACAACGUCAUUUGGUCCUACAUCGGCUACUCCAACGCUAACUACGCGUUGGGUGAAAUCAAGGACCCGGUCAAGACGUUGAAAUACUCCGCCCCAAUUGCGCUUGUUGUCUUGUCCAUUAUCUACAUGUUUGUCAACAUUGCCUAUUUUGCGGUGGUUCCUAAGGAAGUAAUUGCCGACUCCGGGAGAAUCUUGGCCGCGCACUUCUUCAGAAUCGCUUUCGGUGAGACUGCUGAAAAGGCCUGCUCCGUCUUUGUUGCCUUGUCCGCGUUGGGUAACGUGUUAUCGGUUAUCUUCUCUCAGGGGAGAAUCAUCCAGCAGUUGGGGAGAGAAGGUGUUUUGCCGUUCUCUCGUUUCUUUGCCACCUCUAGACCGUUCAACUCUCCUUUUGUCGGUUUGUUCCAGCACUGGGUUGUCUGUGUUAUCACGAUCAUCGCCCCACCUCCAGGUGAUGCGUACAACUUUGUCAUGAAUUUGAUUUCCUACCCAUUGAACUUGGUCAACCUUGCCGUGGCCGUGGGUUUGUUGUACGUCAACUGGAAGGCCAGCAGGGGUUUGGUCGAAUGGAACCCAAAAAUCAAGGCGACGUUCCCUGUCACCCUUUUCUUUGCCUUGGCCUCCUUGUACUUGGUUGCCGCUCCGUACAUUCCGCCAACCGGUGGCCAGAGUGUCUACAAAAGCUUGCCCUACUGGAUUCAUCCGGUCACUACCUGGGGUAUCGUGGCCGUUGGUAUCAUCUACUGGCUCGUCUGGAGUGUUGCCAUGCCGAGAUUCGGUGGCUACACUUUGAUGGCCAAGGAGGUUAUUGGUGAUGACGGUUUCUGGAGAAAUCGCUUCUUCCACGUCCCAAGUGACGUCACCGACAAGGAAGACUACGUUGUCAAGAUUAUGGAACAGGAAGAAGGUGAAAAGGUGAACUUCGGAGAAGUUACCAGAGCCACCGAUUCCAAUACCGACGGCGCCAGCAGCUACGAGAGCCCUGCCCGUUAAAGUGCCGCAUUAACCAUGUGCACAUAUUCCGAAUUGAUUGAUUUCAACAGCUAUCGGUUCCUGCUCCGUCACCCAUUAAUUGAGUACUUUAUAUUUUUCAUUUUACUUUGCUUUCUAAUCUCGUUCAAUUUUUUUUUUCUGUCGCUGCAUUCUUUUUUGUUUUAUUGCUUCUGGAGGUUUGUUUUUGGGUAGUAUUUUCAACAGAUAUACUAUAGCGGUGAUUUGCUGAAUCACCCGG